AAUUUGCAACGCCCAUCGUCGGUGCAAGAUCGUCAGAAUCAUCAUGGCAGCACCCUUGCACAACCACAACCUGGCGGCGGUGGUGAACCUUGUCAACGAGUACGCGUACCUGUUCGGGACGAACAACGGCAGCCCGACGCAGCUUCUGAACCUGUUCACGGAGGACGCGUCGUUGAACGACGACUUUGUUGGGCAGUCGCGCGGCCACAACGAGAUCCGUCGGUCGCUUGAAGAACUGUUUGGCCUCGAGUUCCUUGCCGAAGCAUCGCACAUCCCCCAAGGACACUUUGUCUCGUUCGUGUCGGAGAAGGAGGCGACGGCGACGUCGUACACGGUCAUGUUCUGGAAGUCCAACCCCGUGUUGAUCGUCAAGUGGACCGACGUCGUGGUGCUCGUCGACGGCACGUGGCGCUUCCAAAGUCGAACGUCCGAAGCCAUCCAAAAGAACCUGGAGCACUUGGGCGAAAUGCAGCUCAAGGGCAAGAAACAGUACCCCCAGCACACGGAAUAAUCAACCCAACACAUCUCCCCCCCUUCCAUCGUACCCAACAUCUGAUCAUAUUCCAUUAGCUUCGACCGACCUUCCUACUCUCUCUCUUCUCUUGCAUCUCCUUCCUCCACUUGCCAUCGCGAAUGGUGCUUAUAGAAUUCCCAUGCAGCAAUACUGGUACUUGUCGUACCACCGCGUACGCCAGUUGUCCAGGGACUGGUCAAUCAAGUCAUUCACAAACUCCUAAAACACAACCAAAUGAAUCUCACACGUCCAAAUGUCACCUUCUCUCUCUCUCUCUCU